CCCACCCCUCCCCCACCCCUUUCCCCCCCUUUUCCCCUCCGCGUUCGCACACGCACACGCAUAGCGCCCGUCGCGCCGCGCCCCUCCCCGAUGGACCAUCACCUCCGCAGUGCCCGUCGUAAGACGAAGAAUGUUCUGAAGGGCUACUCCGACGCGGAGGCCGCCGUCCGUGAGGCCACCUCCAAUGACCCGUGGGGCUGUCCGCUGCCCCUGUACCAGCACAUUGCCAGCAUGACGCAUGACCGCCAGCAGCGCACCGAAAUCAUGAAGAUGACUUUCAAGCGGCUGAACGAUCACGGCCGCAAAUGGCGCCAUGUUACCAAGGCCCUUUCGCUGCUGGAGUUCCUCCUGAAGAACGGCCACCCGGCCACCAUCGAGUGGACUAAGUCUGAGAUCCACCAGCUGACAACCCUGCGUGAGUUCCAGUACAUGGAGAAUGGCCGCGACCGCGGCAGCUACAUCCGCAAGAAGUCCAUGGAGCUGGCCGCCCUGCUGAAUGACGACCCGAAGAUCCUGAACGAGGAGCGUGCUCGCUUGCGCGAGGUCAACAAGCGUACCGCCUCCAACACCAGCAGCCAUGCCCGCUCCAUGUCGUCUCAGGGCAACACCGGAGCCGUGUCCUACGAGCGUCCGGCCAAUGUCAGCGAGUCGGCCUACUUCUACAACAACGACCGCGACCUGCAGAUGGCCCUCGAGGCCAGUCGUGAGUCCUACGAGCAGGAGCAGCGCAACCGUGCCAAGGAGGAGCAUGAUGUCCAGCGUGCCAUCAGCGAGAGCCGCAAGGACAUGUUCACCGGCGUGGUGCAGCCAUCUGCCAGUGCGGCCAGCCUGGGUCAGGAAUCCGCCACGCCGGUUUUCUCCUCGGAGCAGCAGCGCACCCGGCAGCAGCUUCACCAGCACUACCACGGGGCGGUGGCCGCCGACCCGACCCCGGCCCCGACUCUGGUCACGCAAAUGGCCUCCGCCGGCGGGUCUGGCUUGCAGCCGCCGUCGGCCUCGGCACGUCGUCGGUCCCGGGCCAACAGCGUCACCGGGUCGCCGGUGUCCUCGUUGUCGGACCCGUUCAGCGGUGCGCCGGCCGGGCCGCCGCCGCCGGUCCCGGUUGAUCCGUUUGCCCCCUCGGCCAAUGACCCCUUCACCCCGCUCUCGGCAGACCCCUUCACUCCGGUGGCUCCGGUUGGUGGUGUGGCCGGCCUGUCGGAUCCCUUUGGUGAUCCGUUUGCCGCGCCGAGUGCCGGCUCCGGGGCCUCGGUGUCGGAUCCCUUCGCCGCGCCGGGCGCCGUCACGGCGGCCAACUACCAGCAGCACCCGCAGUACCAGCAAGCCCUGCAGCAGCAGCAGCAGCAGGCUUCCGAUCCCUUCUCGAUGUCCUUUUCGCCGGUUGGCUCGGGCGCUCGUCAGCUGGCACCGCACGAGCGUGCCAGCGCCAACACCGCAGCCGCUGCUCUGGCCCAGGUGGCGCGUAAUGCUCCCCAGAUCGACCCGUUCGCCCGGCAGGCGACCGAUCACUCGGUGCCGGCCUACCAGCAGCCUCGGCAGCAGACGGCCCCCCCGGCCUCGGUGGACCCCUUCGCCACGGCUUCUACUUCCUCGCAGCCGCCAUCCUACGGACAUAACGAUCCCUUCGCGUCGCUGUACACCGGUGAGGUGAUGCAGGCGACGCCGGUGUCCAGCAGCGGCGGCACCCCCGCGUCGCCAAAGGCCAGCUCCGGGCCUAGCCGGUCGAACGAUCCGUUCGCCAGCAUCGGGCCCGUUUUCUCAUCAAAGCCCGCCGAAGCCCCCACCUUCGACCGGUCUGGCCCCAAGUCGCCACCGGUGUCGAUGAACACCCUUCGCGCGCAGCAGCAACACCAGAUGAUGAACCCCACCCCCGGGGGGGCGGGAUUCUACCCGCCGAAUUCGCCGAACUCCUCCCAGCCAGCCUCCUUCCUGCCGCAGCCCGGCAUGGCUCAGGGGUCCUCCAUGGGGCCUGGCCAGCUGGGUGGCUAUCCGCCGCAGUAUGGUGCCGCCUCUCACUACCAGCAGCAGGGCGUCGGCCAGCCGCGCCCCCAGUCCUCGGCGCCGGCCAACAACGAUCCCUUCAGCUCGCUCCUGUAAGAGGAGGGGCCUCCAUGCCGAAGGGAUGCGUAUGCCGGCACAACAGCCCCCCCCCCCCUCUCUCCCUGUCCCCCUUUCUCCUUGUGAUAUUAAGACACACGAGACGGGUGUAUGCGUGUAUCCUCCUUUUGCGCGUGUCUCGCCUCCCCCCUUCUUCUGCAAAUAUACCCCCCCCCCCCGCC